CACAGACUCAUUCUCACUGAGAGGAGAAAUGGCGCAGGCAGGAGUUCAGACGGACCGAGAAAGAUUCUCUUGUUCCAUCUGUUUGGAUCUAUUGAAGGAUCCAGUGACUACAACUUGUGGACACAGCUACUGUAUGAACUGUAUUACAGACUUCUGGGAUGGAGAGGAAAAGAAAGGAACCUACAGCUGCCCUCAAUGUAGAGAGACCUUCAGACAGAGGCCUGUCUUGAAAAAAAACACCCUGUUAGCAGAGUUAAUGGAGGACCUGAAGAAAAGCAGAGCCAAAGCUGCUCCAGCUGACCACUGCUAUGCUGGACCUGGAGAUGUGGCCUGUGAUUUCUGCACUGGGAGGAAGAUGAAAGCUACAAAGUCCUGUCUGGUUUGUCUGGUUUCUUACUGUGAGAAUCAUCUCCAACCUCACUAUGAGUCUUCUGCUUUUAAAAAACAUAAACUGGUUGAAGCUUCUGCUAAACUUCAGCAGAACAUCUGCUCUCGUCAUGAUGAGGUGAUGAAGAUCUUCUGUCGUACUGAUCAGCAGUGUAUCUGUUAUCUCUGCACUAUGGAUGAACAUAAAGGCCAUGAAACAGUCCCAGCUGCAGCAGAAAGAGAUGAGAAGCAGAAGAAGCUCCAGGAGAGUCGACAACAAAUCCAGCAGAGAAUCCAGGACAGAGAGAAAGAUGUGAAGCUGCUUCAACAAGAGGUGAAGGCCAUCAAUGUCUCUGCUGAUAAAACAGUGGAGGACAGUGAGAAGAUCUUUACUGAGCUGAUCCGUCUCCUCCAGACAAGAAGCUCUGAUUUGAAGCAGCAGAUCAGAUCCCAGCAGGAAACUGAAGUGAGUCGAGUCAAAGAUGUUCAGGAGAAGCUGGAGCAGGAGAUCACUGAGCUGAAGAGGAGAGACGCUGAGCUGGAGCAGCUCUCACACACAGAGGAUCACAACCAGUUUCUCCUCAACUACCCCUCACUGCCAGAAAUCAGUGGGUCUAAAUGCUCAUCUAGCAUCAAUGUCCGUCCUCUGAGACACUUUGAGAACGUGACAGCAGCUGUGUCAGAGCUCAGAGAGAAACUACAGAAAGUCCUGAGUGACUCAUGGACAAACGUCUCACUGAAGGUCACUCAGGUGGAUGUUCUAGUGUCAGAACCAAAGACCAGACCUGACUUCUUGAAAUAUUCUGAAGGAAUAACUCUGGAUUUAAACACAGCAUACAGAAAACUGUUAUUAUCUGAGGGAAACAGAAAGGCAACAAAAAUGAAGAUAAUUAUGCGUUAUAUUGAUCAUCCAGACAGAUUCAAACAUUGGGAUCAAGUUCUUAGUAAACAGAGUCUGACUGGACGUUGUUACUGGGAGGUGAAGUGCAAAGCAGACAAAAUUGAAGUAGCAGUUUCAUACAAGAAUAUCAGCAGAUCAGGAAGUGAAAGUGAUUUUCGAUACAAUAACAAAUCUUGGGUUUUAUAUUGUAACAGAGGCAGGUAUAUAUUUUAUCACAACGGUGUUAAAACCAAACUGUCAGGUCCAGAUUCCUCCAUAGUAGGAGUGUACCUGGAUCACACAGCAGGUAUUCUGUCUUUCUACAGCGUCUCUACAGCCAUGACUCUCCUCCACAGAGUCCAGACCACAUUCACCCAGCCGCUACAUGCUGGACUUGGGUUUUAUAAUGAUGGAAACUCAGCUGAGUUCAUUAAACUGGCAAAGAACCAAGUGAAUUAAAGUUCAACUGCUUAAAAUAUAUUUUUAGUUUCAGUUCCUCUGGUCUGCAGUGUUGUUGCUUGGACUUCACUGUUGGAUAAUUUAUUGACUGUUUAGAGAUCAGCUGAUACUUUGUCUUUUGGUUUGUUGUUUAGUUGAUAUCAGAGUUUGUCUGGGUGCUGCCCCUACCCGUUUCUGUUCAGCCAUGGAGACUAUAACUGUUUAGGAUUGUAUUCACCUUAACUAAUCACAGUUACAUUGAUUUAUUUGUCAGAACAAUUGUGGGUACUGAUGUUCAGAUGAGAUAAUCACAAAUCAGGAAUCAUUAAGUUAAUGAUUAAACAGAAAUUCAAUACAUUCACAGAAUCAAAUUCUGGGAAUGUAUUGAAUUUGUCUAAAAACUUAUUGUAUAAAAAUUCAUCAGCAGAUCUGUUUAAGGUUUACUUUAGUUUCUGUUUGUUAUACAUUUAAUUUCAUUUAUUUAAAAAAAACAACAAUACAGUUUUAUUUUUUAACUUAGUCUUAGCUGCUCUUUUAGACUUGUUUGAAAAAGAACCGUAACUUGAUGUUUUAUUUCAGGUUAACCCAUUUUUCUUGUUACUAAAGAACAUUUUAAUGUUUUCAAAUCAAAUAUGUGUCUGAAUAUGGAUCCUUUCUUUAUUAUAAUCGUGACUUUGUCAGUUUUCUAAAAUGUAUUGCUUAUAUCACAAUUGUAAUCAUUUUGUCUUGUGAAUUUUUUUAA